UCCACGCCGCCGAUGACGUCUGCCGCUUCCACGCCGCCGAUGACGUCUGCCGCUUCCACGCCGUUGAUGACGUCUGCCGCUUCCACGCCGGCACCAACAUCGGCUCCUCAGCCGCCUCCUGCAGAGGUAUCUGUUUUGGCUGCAGCCCCCGCCGCUUUGUCUGCUGUCUCCGGGCCUGCUUCAGCGCGCCCGCCUCCACGUCAGCCGCGGAUGUGGCCGUGCCCUGGGCGUCCUCCUCGCGGGAUGCACUCGUCUCUUUUUCGGCCAAUGAUGUGGCUGUUCCGUGGCCGCCCGCCCCGCCAGUUCCAGCGGCGCUCUACGCGCCGUCGCCACCUGACUUUCCCUCGCUGGCUGCGGGGACACAAGGGAACAUCUGGUAUCUGUUCCUUGAGGGGGAGGUCCUGUAACGAUCUGUCACUUACUUUCUGAUAGUUUUUCGUGUUUUGUACUUUGUUUCCUGUUCAGUGCUCUUAUUUUGUCAUACUUCCUGUUUACUCCGCUGAGCACUGUUUUUGUCACA